CCUCUAACCCGUGACGGUCAUGAGGGCUUUCUGCCUCUCUCUGCUCUAAAGCACACGGAAGCAAGAUAUUUGAGGAGGGUAAUCACACAGAGCUCCGAGGAACCAGUCUUUCUGAGAAGGCAUCCCAACCAGAGGAACUGUUCUCUGCAAUUGAAUUAUCCAAUUUGCUGGAUGUGGUGUAAUCGUACAGACGGAAUGCCUCGUGGAGACUUCAACAUUUAUUUUGCCAGCAGCAGACGAGGAUACAUCAGAGCAGAGGAGGCAGUGGGCAUAAUUCUUCUGGUGGUCAUCCUGGCAGCUCUCCUCAUCCUGGGCUGCUGGUACUUCAAGAAGAGGAGUGGCUACAAAAUAAUCAGGAACCCUCGAUCGGGUUCACCAGGUUUCACAAGAGGCCAGUACUCAGAGGCAGGACCAUCAGCAGAUAACAAGAUGGCUCUAACUGAUUUUGGCAGUUUCCUACCCGUGGUUCCCAAUGCUCCUCCAGCCUAUGAAAAGGUUUCCUCUGGACAGCUGCCUCCUCCCUAUUCCCCCUAAAGGACUUCUGUAGAAGAUGGACAGAUAUCUGAAGAAGAAAGGAAAAUACUGGACAACAAAACUGUAUCUGUUGUCUUAUAUGUAAUCUGAUGUCACUGUCAAUAUGGUUCCUUUUGUUUCGUAGCUAGAUAUACCAAAAGGUAAAACAAUUGUAUCCCUCACUGUUUAAAAUUAUUCACAUGAAUGAACACAAUGUAUAUACUGGGGUUGUUUCAAUAAAGUAAAAAUGAUUUCACAAGAGUCUGUGUUUAAGGAAGCAGCUCAAAC